AUGAGCGCAGGCGGGGGCCGGGAGGAGGGAGCCGCCGCCGUGCUGCAGCUGCUCCGGGAGCAACCGGAGCCCCAGGCGGAGGAGAGCGGGGCUCAGCGCUUCGCCCUCUGCCUGCCCCCUGGGGAGGAGGUAAAAGAAGUAGAAGAAACCAUAGAAGAGAUGUUAAUAAGGCUGGAUGAGUUCUGUGGCAUGACUGAUGUGAUUAGAAGCGAUACAUCCCAGAUCCUGGAUGAGACCAUUCCGCUCAUUAAAGCCAAGGUGGUAGAAAUGAACAACAUCUAUGCCAAAGUUGAUAAAUUAGAGGCAUUUGUUAAAAUGGUUGGACGCCAUGUCUCUUUUCUAGAAGAACAAGUGCUUCAAGCGGAGGGGAACCACAGCACUGUGUCUCAUGCUGUUCGCAAACUACUUCAGUCUGCAGCUAUACCUUCUUUUAAAAAUAAGCAUACUCCAUCAGCACAGCAUACAUAUGACCUGCCUAAACUCUACAGAACUGAAGAUUAUUUUCCUAGGAACUAUGUAGGUACAAAGUAUCAAAGCCACUAGUAGCUGACUUCAUCUUAUAAGCAGCUUUUUAGGGAA